AUGCGUCGUCACGAGGCCGAGGAAGGUCUGCUCCGGCGACAAAAAUUGAACGCCCACACAUGUGCUGUCCUCGUUGUUCUUGGGUUCGGUUCCUUGACGUAUGGCUAUACUGCGUCCAUCAUUGGUACUACUUUGGGCCAACCUUCUUUCAUCGAAUACUUUGAUCUCGCCACAAGAUCCAAUGGAACGGACCUAAUUUCGACGAUGAAUGGUCUUUUCCAGGCCGGUGGCGUUAUCGGUACAUUAAUACUACCGACGGUGGCAGAUAAAUGGGGCCGGAAAUGGGCUUGCGCUUUGUCCGCCAUCCUUGCCGUGAUUUCUGGUGCUGUAAUGACUGGGAGCGUCAACGUCGGCAUGUUCAUCGCCUUUCGUUUCGUCGCCGGCGCCAGCGCUUUCAUGAUCUUGGCUGCCGUACCAAUCUUAAUGAACGAAAUCGUGCCUGUUCAUAUGCGAGGCGCUCUAGUCGAUGUCCACGCAGUGAUGCUCGUGCUUGGGUACACAAUCCAAGGUUGGGUUGGCUUUGGAUUCUAUUUUUGGCAAAGCGGGAGCACAAAUACCUGGCGUCCACCCAUUGCCAUUCAGUGUUUCUGGCCGCUCUGCCUGUUGAUCGGUCUUUUCUUCGUCCCAGAGAGUCCCAGAUGGCUUGUGAUGCAAGGACGAGACGCCGAGGCCGAGGCCGUCCUAAUGAAACUUCAUGCAGAUCCCAAUGAUCCCAACAAUGACGCCGCGAAGGCCGAGUUUUAUCAAAUUCAGAAACAAAUUGCCAUUGACAAGACCUUGGGCAACACGUGGUGGCACAUUAUCAAGAAACCCUCGUAUCGAAGGCGAGCUCUCCUGGCCGUCGGCAUCACUGGAAUCAUCCAAUGUUCCGGAGUUCUCGUUAUCAACAACUACGGGCCCUCUCUGUACAAAUCACUCAACUUUUCAACGGUCAAACAACUGCUCUAUCCCGCGGCAUGGCUAACCUUUGCUCUCGGCCUCAAUGCGAUGGGCAUGCUUGUUGUCGACCGAUUUCCCCGCAAUAGGUUUAUCUCUUUCGGUGUUGUGGGUUGCAUGGCAUCGCUGAUCGUCGAAGCGGCCCUGGUCGCCAAUUUUGUCCCUUCCAACAACCAUGCUGCUCUGCAGGCGGCCGUGGCCAUGUUCUUUGUCUUCCAAGUCUUCUACGGGCUCUGCCUCGACGGAACCCAGUUCUCGUACCUGGGCGAGAUCUUUCCCACGCACCUGCGUGCCAAAGGCGUCUGUCUGGGGGUGGCCAUGAUCUCGUUCAUGAACAUCAUAUGGCUGCAGAGUGCCCCCACCGCCUUCGAGACCAUCGGAUGGAAAUUCUAUCUUUGCUUCAUCAUUCCUGGCACUAUUGGCGCGAUUGUCAUGUGGAUGUGGUUCCCUGACACGAAUGGGUUGCCGCUCGAGGAAGUGGCCGCGAUCUUUGGAGACUCGGACGAAGUUGCCAUCUACCAGCGCGAUAUUGAGGUCGAUUUCGCCACGCAUACGAUUGUGGACCACCAUGUGACAGAUAAAGGGGUGGAUGCUGCUCACGUUGAAUCUGAUUCGGUUCCCACCAGUGAAAAGUAG